AUGCUAAACGGGCAUUCUCAACAAGAUAGUAAUGAUGCAGACGAACUUGAUGGACUUCUUUCGAUGAGUGACCUAAGCGAAUUGGAUAUGGGAAAAUAUGUAAUGAAGCUAUCAAUGGGUACAGAUCGUGUUUAUAAAUACAAAACUGAGCGCUCUGCUCGAUUAUUAGAUAUUAUGCAACAGUAUCGAAAAGAAGAACGGUUUUGUGAUGUUGUUCUAUGUGUUAAUGGUAUACGACAUCCAGCACAUAGAGUUGUUUUAGCAUCAGCAUCACCUUAUUUUGCUUCCAUGUUUGGAGGUAUUGGUAAUAUCGAAGCAAAUACAACAGCAGAUAUUGAUAUUACAAAAUCAAUACCUUGUACAUUUGCAUUAAAUGUAAUACUAGAUUUUAUUUAUACAUCACAAGUUCAACUCAAUGAUAAAAUGGUGAUGCCGGUUUUAACUUGUUCACUUCCAUUAUUACUCGAUGAACUGAUUGAACUCUGUGUUGCAUAUCUUCGUGAACAGUUACAUCCAUCGAAUUGUGUGGGAUUAUUAUUAUAUGGUAAACAAUAUUUAUGUUAUCCAUUAAUUGAAGCAGCUGAACAUUAUAUACAUGAACAUUUCGAAGAAGUUGUACGGCAUGAAGAAUUUCUUUCAUUAAAUUUCGGUGAUUUAUGUUCAAUGAUUAAAGAUGAUAAGGUUAAAGUUAAAUGUGAAUCAAUUGUUUAUAAUGCAGCUAUGCAAUGGGUUCGACAUGAUCCAUGUAAUCGGCGUGCUGAACUAGCUGAGAUAUUACCUUGUAUUCGUCUUCAAUUUCUUGAUCCAUCAUUUCUUCGUGGUGUUAUGAAUUGUUCUGAUUUUGCACAACCUGAUAUGAAAGUUUGCCGAGAAUAUUUAUCAAAUGUUCAUGAAAAACUUACAUCACAUCGUUAUUGUCGUUUACCACCACAUCGAGCACCAGUUAAACCACUUGUUAUUUAUUGUGCCGGUGGUUAUUAUAAUCAAUCAAUAAAUACAAUGGAAUGUUAUUUCUUAGAAACACAAAAAUGGAAACGUUGUGCAGAUUUACAAACACCAAGAAGUGGUGUUGGUGUUGUUUCACUUCAAAUGAGAGUUUAUGUGAUAGGUGGGCGACAUAAUACAAAAAACGAAAAUAAAGAUUGUCGUGAUGUUGAACGUUAUGAUCCAUUUAUGAAUAAAUGGACAUCAAUGCCACAAAUGGUAUAUCCUCGAAAUCGUCUUGGUGUCGGUGCAAUUGAUAGAUGUAUCUAUGCUGUUGGCGGUUCAAAUGGACAACAAAUACAUUCAUCUGUUGAACGAUUUACGUUAUCACCAGAUUUGGAACCAUGGGUAGAAGUAGCUUCAAUGCAUGUUGGACGUAUUGGUCUUGCUGUAUGUACACAUAGUCGACUUUUAUAUGCUAUUGGUGGUUUUGAUGGACAUCGACGAUUAGCUGAAGUUGAAUCGUAUAAUCCAGAUACGAAUUCAUGGAAACGUGAACCAUCACUUUUAUGUGGUCGAUCUGGUGCAGCAGCUGCUCCACUUGCCGAAUGUAUAUAUGUUGUUGGAGGUUAUGCAUCUGAUAAUAUUGAUGGAUCAAUGCAACUUGACGUUGUUGAACGCUAUGAUACAAUUACACAGCAAUGGUCAUAUGUAAAACCAAUGAAUUGUCGUCGAUCAGCACUUAGUUGUGUUACAUUAGAUAAAUGUCUUUUUGCUUUAGGUGGUUAUGACGGAAAGAAUUUCUCAUCUGUCGUUGAAGUUUAUGAUCCUGAAAAAGACGAAUGGACUUAUGGAACACCAUUAACCCGUGAACGAAGUGGUCAUGGUAGUGCACUGACUGUUGAACCAUCAUUAUGUUGCGAUGACGAAUAA